CGGAAUACUUCGGAUUUGCCCUACAUUACAGAAAAUCAAAACAACCAUGUAGAACAUUGUAUGUCUUAAUAUCUCAACGAAAUCGGAAUAUUGUGGGAUAAGCAAGCGAUGGACGACACGGGAAAAAGGGUUGUGCAGGCACGAGAGGUCUAUGUGCUGAUGAAGAAGGACUACAGGAUAUCUCGUAACAUUCGGGCCCAGUGGUUCUUUGAGCACCUCAACACUCAGUUUUUGUUCAAACCUCAGGAACAUAUUGUGGACACUGAUGAAGAGCUCCAAGUGGUCUCAGUGGUUGCCGGGGACGGUUCCCAGUUUAUUCCAGGGAACCAGUAUCAGAUAAGUCUACUUCCCAGCACCAUGGUGAUGUUUGUUGCCCGGCGUUACAGAUUUGUCAUCAUACUGGACCUCAGUCCAUCAAUCAGCUCUGUGGACUUAAAGAAAGGCACUAUGUUGUUUGAUGAAGUUUACAAAACACUGUCAAACUUCCUAAAAGGCCUUGUGAAACCAUUCAAGUUGCCAGGAUGUUUUGCCACACUUUCACCAGAAAUUCACGCCACCAUUAUGUGCUACACAACAUUGAAGACAUUUAAUCAUAAUCAGGUAUUAGUUCAGGGUCUGGUGGCGACGUCACAAAACGUUGACAGCAUCCUGUCCCGCAUGGGGGAGAAACUGGCCGCUUUUGAGUCAGCGCUUGCAGCCAACUUUAAGGAGUACUUAACAAAUAACUCAUCUAACUUUGCCAGUAGUUACUAUGACAUUAGACCACCCAUGUCAAGUCCAGUGUUGUCACAUCAGAUAUCUAAAGACAGCGAUGUUAACAAUCCAGAGGCGGGAAUCGUGAACAUGAUAAGAAAUGGCAUGAUGGCUUUGCAGUUGCUGCCAGAAAACUCCAGUGCUGGCCUGGUAGUGGUCACAGACGGCUGCCUGGGGGUUCCAGACACAAACCUCUUUGAGUUCUUACUGACUCAGUUGCGCACGAGCACUAUCGCGUGUUCCUUCCUAUGCCUGGGGGAGGACCUUUCACCCUUCGGCCACUUUGGACACAUUCCCCAUGUGGAGCUUAUGCAGUUUAUCGCCACGGCAACAUUUGGAUCGUAUUUCGACAAUUGCCCUGAUGUGAGCCAGAUGGAGAGCAAUUCAUUGAAUGUCUACCACAAGGCAAUGUUCCUGUGGAGUUUCCAGCGUGGUCUGGAAGGUUUCAGGUUUGAUCUCGGGGACCACCUGAUCACACAGCAAGCCUCACCCUCGCAACUGGUCCAAAAGUUACUCUCCCAUCCAAUACAUGGGAAGCUGGCAAGUGUGAUGUCAAAUGUCCGCAAGUCUCACUCUAAGUGUGACCUGAAAGCCUCGUUGUUCAGUGUCAUGUCUGUCCGUCUACGAGAGGGCUACACAAUCAGAGAGAUUGCUCUAACAAAAGGUGAAAGUCAGUUGGAGGUGAAGAUGGUGUUGCCAUACAGAGAAUAUGCACGCUUUGAGUAUGUCAUUAGAGCACCGUGGCCAUUUGACAAAAACAGACCACUGUGUUUCAUCGAGAUCACUUUAGAGGGCAGCUAUGACUUCCUCCACGACAUGAUCUGCACCAAGAUCAUGGCCAACAUGAGCAGCUUCCGACAGGCCAACGUGAAAAAGUUCUGGCUUGCUCUUCAGGGACUCUCUCAGACUGACUGUCUUCUGGUACAUCUGCAGUCAUUUGCCAGCAACCCUGUCCACUACACAAUGCCGGCAAGCAUCAAAGAGGGCGUGCCACUGUACUACCUCCCCACCAACUCUGUCACACCCAUGUUGAACACCCAGCUCAAUGUCAAGGACAGUGCUCUGAACCAGUUUGCAUCUUACUGGAGACCUGUCGUCAAUUUUGACAUUAAAGUCUGGCAGAAAUGGAUGCACACCCAUCGUAUUGGUCUCGUUCUUGAGCAUGACAUGCCUGUCCAUAAGAAUGUUCACAUUCCAAACUCAAGUUCUCGAUUCCUGGUGGUCAUGUAUCGCCAGGCACUGACCUCCCUCACACUUUUCCUGACCAGUUGGAGUGAUUUUGUACUUCUAGAUGGACAGGCGUACAUUAAACUCAUAAAAGAGGACAACACCAAACCUCCGACAUCCUUUGUGUUAAUUCGAAUGCAGACAAAGUCUCCCUGCCUCGUUCUGCGCCUUGCUUUCCUGGGUGGAACCCCUGGCUUUGUGCGACAUGGGAUCAUAAAGGAGCUCAAAAUGAAGGUGGCGAGCCUCAAGUUCCCGCCCAGGGGACAGAAAUCUGACAAACACAGACAAGAGAAGAAGAGCCCUACUGAUGGAGAGCCUAGAACCCCCAAGAAGCCUCCAUUACGUCGGGAUUGGUCUGAGAUCCAGUGCUGUGUACUGCUGCAGAAACCUGUUGAGACCAUACUUAUUAGGUAUGAGCGUGUGCCUCACGACAUGUCUAAGCUAGAGGACCAGGUCAUGCAGGAGGUGUCCCAGUUUGUGCCACACGCGACCCAGGCCAAAAACAAGUCAGCGGCCAACCUGUUCAACUCCCUGGCACGCUACCUGAUGCACCAGCGCUGGGUGUGGACCAUCCAGCAGCCAGGCAUGAGCAGUAUCUCCAUGCAGAGCAUUGGCAAAUUGCUAGCUACUCUUGCCAAGAUUCGCCUACAGGAAGGUUUCCACUACAGUCUCACUGGUCAGGGAAUUGUCAACAUGAUGGUUGAAGUGGAAAUGAGGGAUUCAGAUGUUGACACUGUAGACCACGGCAGGUCCAAGCAGCGACCCACCUGUGUUGUACAGUACAUCAUGUUCCCACCUCACUUGAAAACUGCACAUGAAUGUUUCAGUGAUGAUGAAGAGGAGAUGGAAGGGCCGGAGGAGGACGGGGAGCUACAGAUCGUCACAGAGUGCUGGGUGGAGCCCCAGUCUGGGCACUGCGUACACAACCCACAGGAACGGCAACACUGGGACGGGAUCACCUGCACACAGAUACUCGACACUUUUUUCCCGCUGGACCUGGAAUGCAUAUCAAGUCUCAUCACGUUUGAGCACCUGCUUUACCUGUGUCAGAACAGUGUCAUACCCGCAGACCUCGACACCAUUGUCAAUGUGAGGAAUGACGUCUGUGACAUCGUCUCCCAGGUGGCCUCAACAAUCAAGCAUGUGUUCAUGAGGAACUUGCCAGUGGUUAGCCAUAGGAAAGUCUGUUUGAAACAACACCAAAGUAAACUUUUCAUUAAGCAUUUACUUCAGAGGCAAAGAUCCAAAGAAUCUUAUCCAUUUCCGUGUGAUUUUGACAACUUUCUUGAUGUAGCCAAUGAAAAUGCUAUCCUAGUAAAAACUGACCAAUCAGAUUCAGAUUCCUCCAAAGACAAACUUAACCAAUCACAGCAAAGAACACAACCACAGGAUAAAAGCAGAUCUCAAACAAAAGUGGAGCCGAUAGUUUUCCCUGAGUGGAUGUGUUAUUUGAGAAACUCUGCAAAUAACUCUCUUCUGAUAACCAUAGUUCCCUCGACAUUUGAAGAUGUAGUUCUGUUACACAAAGGGGGUAAACGAAAGGCUGCUCCAGAAACUGAAUCAGAAACUGACCAUCCACACAAGGAAAGUGCUUCUCAAGUUGUACAAGUAAAUAAACUAGACAAAGCUGUCAAUGCUACUGAAGAGACUCUUUCUACAUGCAAUAAUAAAACUGAUCAUGCUCCUGAUAACAUAUUAGACACUGAACAACUGAGUCCUGAAGCUGUUGAUAGUAUUGAUGGUGUGACAGGAGUUAAGAAGGCCAAGUCAAAAUUGAAAUUAAGAAUUCCACAAGCCUCUGUCCAGUCCAAGCCUCUAUCAAUCCCUGUCUAUAUUUAUGAAUGUGUUACUCACAAUAUCUUGGAUUCCCUGAUCCACGCACGCGACUUCAAACUUCCGCCAGAUAUUUUUCAAGACAUGACGUUUGACCUUGUAUCAGAACACAGUGACAUUUCCAUGAAUGCGAGCCCAAGGGUUCUUAAGAGGGUCUCUUUCAGCGUCGAUAGUAUAAAGGAGGGUGAGGAGUCAAGUUACAGGCUGUCCAGCUGGAGGUCAAAUGAACGAAGGUCAACUGAGGGGUCAUCAAAUGGGGAGGAGGAUUUGCUAUGGCAACAGUGCUCCUUCAUCUCUGAGACUUUCUUCAGCACUUUUGUUAAAGGAGUGUACCUGAGUCUGCAGAAGGGCUACACCGUACACUCCCAUGACGUAGAUGCCGCCAUUAAUCAGAUCUGCGAGGAGUCAAUACCUCUUGAGGCCAACAUGACCUCAUUCCUCCACGCAUCGUGUGGGCACUUCCAGCACCUCGUGAACGAGGCCAGAAAAGACCAGGAGCGUAGCCAUGAUGAUGCCUGCACUCAGAUAGCUGACGACUUUAGGUCACCCUCCAUCGUCAGGUUUAUGGAGGUCCAGGAUGAAGCCAGUGAUCUUCCGGGUGAUCAAGGUCAGCAGAUGCUGAGUGUCCUUGAAAUUCCAAAGAUGACGUGGAAGCUUGACCUUCCCUCUUUACACCUGGAUAUGCAGUGCAAGACGCAGCAAAACCUGCACAAUCUUGUACAGAGGAAGUUCCAAGACAUCGUAGGGCGCUGGUUUAGGCCGGUACCCUCUGACCCGGAGUAUUAUUUCUACUGUCCGGAGCCAGAGGUUGAAGAAAUGUCUGAGGAUAAGAUUACCUCUGACACAGCAGUGGGUCCUGUGAGCAACAGAAAUUUCCCACAUGACUCCUCUGACAACAACUUGGUUACCAUGGAUACUCUAGCUGUUAAACACCAUGACGACCGGGCAUCGCUGAUUUCCAACCUUGAUUCCGAAGAGUCGAUGGAGAGUGACAUAUCCUGCGACCUUGACAUGACUGUUGAUGAUAAGAGUGAUCAGACGCCAUUGUUUAUAUUUUUCACGUGCACGAUAAAAAGUCGACUGCAGACUGAAAGCCUCCCCUUGAGAAACUUGGCAGUCUGCCUGAAUGAGUUGUCUGCAAUUCUGGAGAAAAUGAAGAACCUUGAACUGGGAGAUCUAAAAAUAACCUUUGACCUCAACUGUCUGACCUUGCCAACAGACGUUGACACACCGUCAUUUCAGCGUCCCACAAUGAGGCGAAUGUUUUCUUACACAAGUGCAGGGGGUGGUUCUGACACCGGCUCCGAACACGAGGAGAUGGCAACCUUUACAGACCGGAGUAGCUUCUCUUUCAUGGACCUCAAGCACCUACGGAAUCCCAUUGGUCACCUGCCCCAGAGACAACAUGAUGCAAUCACCAAGUGCCUUGAAGAAGUAAAGUGGCUUCUACAGGAUGAAAUUGUUUCUAACCUGCGGAACAUCUCUCCAAUUCUUCCUGACACGCUUACCUACGUGUCCAAACACAUCCAAACAAGCAACACCCUUGGAAAGGCCAAUGUUAAUCUGGACUCCGUUCCGCUUCAGUUCGUGUUUGGGCCAGACCAAAGCAGGCAAAUUUUCAUUGAAGAAUUCCAAAAGAUGAAUUUACAUAAUUACCAGUUAACACGAGAAGAUGGUAGGUAUUUCCUUUCAAAGAAGCGUAUAAUGGCCUUCUCCUAUAUGAAUGCCAACAGUCUUUGUUCAGCGCUGGAUGAAAUUAACCACUGGGACAGCAAAGCAUCAGCUGUGUCCAAAGUAUGUUCCCCUACAAGCGGACCUAAGUCUGAAACUUCUGAGAACAUUGAGGCAAAGGGGACCAAGAAUAUUAGCCCACUUGUGAAAGAAAACGUUUUUGAUGUAACUAAAGAGAGCAUGAGUAGAAGUACAUGUAGCCCAUUAACCGUUAACUCAGGAGGAAAAACUGAUGAGACAAUUGUAUCCCUACCAAGAAGACAUAGCAAGGAGUGUCUAACUUUGGAGAAGAAGCAAGCCACAGGUUCUGUGAGUCUUGAAAAUGUUGGUCUUCUUCAGAGAAGGAAAGACUUAGGAAUUUUAAAACUGAAAGGAUACCAGGAUGUUGUGGGUGCAAAUGAGCAAAAAAGUAGUUCUGAGGGUGUUUCUGAGGCAUGUGCAGGCAUAAAUAGGUCAGUGGCGGAAGCAGAAGUAGGGGAGGUAAAUCAUGUCAGUAUUAAUGGAAAUCAAGAGCAGGAGACACCUGGUGUGAAUGAAAUUAAGGGUAAUGAUUCCCCAGUGAGCGGUCAUAAAGCUGAAACAUCGGUCUUCAACUUUCCAGUGUCUACUUCUUCAUAUGUCUCACCUGUCUCAUCAUCAAUAUAUGCUGAAAGUCAUGUGACCUCAGCCAACCAAUCGCCAGUCUGCUCUGAGGUAUCAAUCAAGCUGACAAAGACUGAUGGCAGAUGUGAGCCAUUUAGAACAUCUCCUGAGAGAUUGUGCAAUGAGAACAUUGUGAACAAAAGCUUUGAUAACGUGGAAGAGGGUCAAGAGUCCAUUUUGAAACGAUGCUCAAGUUUUGCUGGUUUCAGAUCCAAGGAGAUCUGCUGUGCAGUCACCGAGGAAGAGAAGAGCCUCAUUUCUCAUGAGCGCUCCCCUGAAAAGGGCCUCAUGUACGGCCCCUCUGCAAUAGGGCGCCUGAGACACUGCUCAGCGCCUUUGUCUGGUCAUGGGACCCCCAGGAGUCGGAUGUCUACCCAGCCCCAUACCCCUUCAGGGAUAUCCUCCAGGGGAAGCCUGUUUGAGUAUGAUUAUGAUGGUGAUAUGAGUGAGAUGGACGACAGUGCCACCACCUUCAGUGGGUCAAGGUCAGUCCAGCGCCUGAUGCCUGACUUCUGGCUCAUCAUGCAGAUCAACCAGGACAGUGUAGACAUCCACUUCCAACACAGAGAGACAGGUAAAGAAACAAAUGAGGAAACCUUGGAAUUUAGAGAGCUGCUAGCCACCGUGAAGACUAAUGUGGGGAAAAUAUGUAGAAGGGUUAACCAGCAACUGCUUCUUAAUAGCCUAAAUGACACACGCAUGUGCCACAAUCUUCUUGUUGAUGCAGCAGACGUGGAUGUGUCAUGGAAGGUCGAGGGUCAGCGCUACAAGAGAAACCACACCACCAGCAAUUCAGAGAAUGAAGAUGAUGAGGAUGAGGAAGAUGACCCAGGUGACAGGAAGUACCUUGCCGUUGCAAUGGAGCUGGAUCCCGGCCACUUCGACUGCGAGUGCGUCUGGAAGACUUUGUUCUGCAUUCAUCCUGGCCUCAAGAGGGGAACCAGGACUGGCUCACUAAUGUCCAUAGGUGUGAAGACACUGCGGUCAGUUCUUAAACCGUUCUCAGUCAACAACAGGAAUAACAUGUUUGUCAUGAAGGAGACUGAUACAGGAAAUGUCUUCUAUCUCAGGCUGAAAGAGCUACCCAGUGAUGUAAGACUGUCAGUGGCGAGUGAGGAGGCAACUACCACACAGGCAGGCGUGAGAGCCGCGUCAGUUGGGCCGGGGCCUCAGUCUGAGACAGCAGGGGUCAAGGACAGAGAUGGCGACAACAUAUCGCUCACGUCAUAUUCCAGCAUGCCCUCGUUAUUGCCAUGUUUUGGCAAGGGCGCGAUUUCAGACUGUGUUGAGUUGUCUGUGCAUGGAAUUGAUGAAGUCGGUACCCAGAUCAAGGAACAUCUGGUGCAGAUGUUGCAGAACAGGCUGGAUGAUGCAGCCUUGGAGAAAGUUCUAGAAAUGUUGAGGAGGAAUCCCCAGUGUCAACUCGACAGAUACGAUGUGCAGUUCAUCCAGAAGCCUCUCUCAGAGCCUGCCUGCAAGCUGCACCUCAUGGUGUCCAACAAGGCCAGUCCCCAGCUGGCAGCUGUCAUGUUCUACCUGAGGCAGAACCUCCUGCAGUUUCUACACACGCCAAAAUACAAGUCAGCCUCAGAUGAAGUGCAUUUUAUGGACAUGAUUGAUGGCGACCUGUGCUCUAUUCCUGCUGACCAGGCAUUUCUGUAUAUACCCCUCCUCACGGCCAGAAAGACAGGCAUCGCUGUGCUAAGCAUUAGCCUGGUGGAUGGGCAUGGUAACCAGGUGAAACUAUUACAAAGUUCACGACCUUCCUGCAUGUCCUACCUUGACCUCGAAAGUCAGAGUGACCUUGAAGCCUUUGUGCAGGUGCAGUCAUAUGAGGUCAAUCCACAUAGCAAACGACCAGGCCCAACGGCUCUAGUCCAGUUUCACAUCUGGGUGAACGGUGACGUGUGCCUGAAGACUCUACAGGAGAAGCUCACGCAGACGUUGAAGCACGCCCUCUGUGACGUUGUGAUGGAGUACCACGUGCUCACUGCGCCCCUGUGUACCAUACCCAAGCACAUGCUGGAUUUGGUUGCCUCCUCCCCCACCAUGUCUGCACCAUGCUCCCCAUUUUAUAGCAUGCCAGACAUUUUAAAGGAAUUUGAAGCAAGGCACCGUGAGGACUCAGGAGAAAGGAAGUUAACCCUGUCGCAGACUAAAAGUGCGGGGCCCCAUGCAAGCCUCUCACGUCGGUCAUCUCUACAGAACGUGACUAGAUUUCAGGCAAUCAAGGAGGUGAUCACUCAGUCAAGCAAGAAGAGAGUGGCCUCUCCUGCCUUGGAUGCAAAUAAGACCUUUGACCUUGCGGGUGUUGACUCUGGUCCCACAUCAAGGAGUGGUUCCCCUGCAGUUGGUGUUGGCAGCCCCCGGGCCAGGGACCGGCUCCACCUGAUCACUCCAUAUGAGAAGGGGGACCAGGGAACCCUCAAUCAUAUCUAUGCUGACCUUCUAGAGGCCUGGUUCUUGUUCUGUCUACAGCUUGAAACGCCAGCAGUGAACAAGCACAUGGCACAUCUUCAUUCACGAUUUGCCAUUGAUGCGACCUUGACAGAAUUCCAGCAGAUCGUGGUGAGAUUGUGCCCCUCUGUGACAACCAAGGUGUACAAAAUCCUGCCUCAGGAAGAAGAGGAUGAGAAUACAAACAUCGGCAUGCUGUAUGAUGCAGCAAAAUACGGUGGCAGAAGAUCAGUUGCAUCCUAUGAUACAGGAUUGCGUCUGAACAUCUCACCCGGCGCUGACCUACAUUUCAUCUCGGUGUGUAGGGACAUUCGUCAAUGGUACAACUUUGUUCAGCACAAUUUGGACGAAGAAGACCAUGAGAGCUAUAUUGACACCCUGGCUAAAGGUAAGGUUACGUCCCAGAGGUUUUCUCCACACAUUCCUUGCAGCUCAGAGGGAAAGACCUUUGGCAUGUUCACUGACUCACCCUCCAUCAUACCCAGGCAAAAAUUCCUCCUCCUAAUUGUCAGGAAUAAUGAUAUAAUCAUGUAUGGGUACAACUGGUCCAAUGAGUUAUUCACAAACCUGUGUAAGCAGUUAACCAAGCUGGAGAAGUGGAGCAACGCUCGCAGUCAGCUGCUGUCCAGUGUGGCCAUGCAGAAAUGUGGACUCUUCAACCACUAUAUGUAUGCUGAUGCCUCACAUAAUAUGGACAAGUCUGAGACCCUGGAUCAGCUGAUCAGGAAUCCUGCCCCACCCCCUCCCAGCAAGGAGAAGUUGUCCCGGACACAGAGUGUGUCCUCCACUCGAGACAGCUACCUACCGUUUGAAAAGACUUUCAUGAAUGUGUGCCCUUUCCGACCGGUGCACAUGUCUGACCUGAAAUACUACACAGACCCAGUCCAGCAGUACGGUCAACAGGUCAUGGACAUACGUGUCCAGCAAAAGAAACACUUUGACAAGAUUGACAACAUUCAGAAGCUGUUCAUGAUGUGGUUACAGAAAACGGGAACCAAUCUGCAUAUUGCAACUCACGUGAUGCAGACAUUGAAGCAGUCCUCGUAUCUGUUCCACUACUGUGCCACGCCCCUCAUGUUCAGCUGCGCAUGGCGCAGGCACGUGCUCAGGAAGUUCAGCGUCAUGCACCAGGACUCGGUUGUGUCCAGCACACCCACACCUGAAGCCAAAUCUCGUUCCCGCCAUGGUUCUGGAGCCUCUACUAACAGUCAGAGCCUGCGCACCAAGCGUACGGACAGCAACGAGCUCAAGAAACGCCCGUCCUACCAGGCUCUGCAGAGUGCGAGCACCGAAGAUUCAAAUGUCGAGGAGGAGUGGCAUGUGAAGCUGCGUGCCUUGUUCGUACACCAGUACAUUAACUACCUGAAGACCAUUGGGUUCCAGUAUGUUCAGAUGGAGAAAGCAGUUGACAAGAGCAAAGUCAUGAAAAAAUCAGCCCCUGAAGGUUCCAGUGACCCACCCCCAGGGGACGAGGUAGAAAUCAAACCUACAGACACUCACAAUCUGCAGAAGACCAUUUCUGGUGGGGUUCUAUUGGUGGAGAUAUCAUUCCGCAAUGAGUACUUCUGUGUGAAACUGUACACCUGUGAUCAUAACAAGCUGGGAAUAACGGUCAACCAGCAGUUGAACCUGUUGUUUGUUGAUGAGUGUGAAAAGGUCAAGGAGAUGAUACAUGUGCAUUCCUUCGCUCAUGAUUUUCACCUGCGCUGUAUACAGUCCUACAUUGGUGGUCAGAGGGACCUGUUCAAGCAGGACUACUUUCUGUCUGGACUACUUAAUGACUUCGUUAAAGUGUAUCCUUACGCACCAAGUUUCUCCAGGAACUUCUUACAGAGAGAGGUGAUAUCCAUUCCUGACCCGUCCUGUUCGAGUGCAGAGUUAUACGAGUACAUGUUGACUCACGCAGAGUUUCAUGCCAUGGGCAGACUGAAAAUGAAACUGCCCCCCGAUACAUACCCAGACCACAGAAGCCAUGAGUAUGCGCUGAUAAGCCACGAGACUCGAGACCUGGACCCAGCCGAUACUGGAGAUGGCCCCAAGAGUUUAGUAGCAGGGGCCCAGAGUUACAACCUUGGGCUCAUCAUCCUGCAGGACAUGCCAUCCAAACCUGGGCCAUCUAUAGGGGCCACGGGGCCAGCAGGUGUGAGCCCCGGGGAGAAGCCAGCCUUGUUGCUGCAGUACUACAUCAUCCUCACCAGCUCUCAGCUCAUGUUCCCACGUCAGACACUAGACCGAGAAGGGAGUGUAGUCAUGCCACGGUCAAACAAUCUGGGUUACCCAGUGAUUGUACACAGUCUGAAGACCCAGCUGGCUGGACAGAAGAGCCUCAGUGCCAACACAACCAACUACCUGGGCUGGUUUAACAAACACCAGCCACCCAUGUACCGGCUACUCAUGAAGGAGGCCGCCGUUGUCAGGUCUAAGAUUGAGGCCAUGGCAGUGGUGUCCAUGGGCAAGUGUCGGAGAGACUUACUGUGGACAAAGAUGCUCGUCAGUGUUCAGGAUGAGUUGCACAAGAAGAAACAAGAUGACAAGUAUGGCCCACUGACCUACACUGAGUUCAAAGAGAUGUUGGAGAGCGUGAACAGGAUCCCCCUGUCUGCGCUGGACGACAGACUGGUCCCCUUCCAGCAGAUGUCUCACGCCUGGUACCUCGGACUGGUUCAUGUCCUCCAGACUCACUACACUGACCAGCAGAAACGAUGCUUCAUCAACCCCACCAACACCAGCGAACAACACCAUAUCAUUGUCCACCCAAAGUUCCUUGAGCUCUUCAUGAUGUUGUCUUUAGAUGCCAGUGGAGGCAAAACGGGCCUGUAUGCAGUGUUCCGGAAGCCUGCUAAGGAGACAGAGAGCAUCUGUCCAGGAGGGCAGGCAGUCCCUGAGCACGGUGUACAUGUACAGAUGGAGCAGUUCAUCAACACCUGCUGCUUCCACAUGUGGAACUCCAUGCUGUGAUAUCACUUGGACUUUUGAUGUUUCAAUGACUGAAUACCCAUGCACUGCUUUGUCGCUAAUAAUAUGUUCAGUGUACGUUUAGAAUUAUGAAGGACUCCAUAGUAUUUGUAUGAGAUUGAAUAGCAUUUUGGGCCUUAGAGAUACUACUUGGUCGGUAAUCUUAAAAAAGCUGUUUAAAAUGAAAGACAAAUUACGGUCUUUAUGUAGUGAUAAUACAGACACAAUUGCUGAGUGGAAAAUUCAGAAAAUGAUGUUCUGUGAAAAUGUAUAAAAGUUGUUCUGUGAAAAUGUAUAAAAGUUGCUAUGAUGAUAGUUUUUAAGAUUAAGUUUUGAUAUUAUUGUUACUUUUAUUAAAGCCUUUUUUUUGUGAUAAAUGUUUAUAAUGCUUUGAUAUUGUUGUUUCUUAUAUUUAAGUUCCAAAGAAGGUUCCUUUUUGUGAUGAUUGUUUGUAUGAUCAUAGUCGUAUUCUGCAAGAUAGGUGUGAUAAGUCAAGUUGUAGAAAGACAGAUUUACACAUUUGCUAUGGUUAACAAUCCUUAACAAAACACGAGAUGGCAUUCAGUGCUUAUGUGGAGGAGAAACAGAGUCGUACUCUGUGAAAACUGGGUUAAAUGCAAGUGCAUAAGUGUCAUCUGCACAGGCUAAUCAAAGGGAUACUUUCCACUUCAAUGGUAAUUAUGGUAAGGUCUCUACUAAGUGAAAAUCUAGUUAAGGCAGAAAGCGUAUCCCUGAUAAUCCUGUGUUGACUUAACAUGUGAAUCUGGAACAACACUACGCAUAGGCAUUAAGCCCCCAUUUCCCAGAUCCCGGCUCAUUUUAGUGUUAAUACUCGUAAAUUACCAGUUAAGAUAUUGCAUUCAUUAUAUCAUGUUGUAGGAAUACAAAGGUGUUCCUAAAAUCAUCCUCACAGUGCAAGUUUUUCAAUUCACAUCCUUUUUAAACUGGUGUUAUGCGCAUCUAACAGUAUAUGCUAUGUUUAUAGGUGUCUAUCGCAACCGUUGUUUAUUUUUGGUGUUUUCACUUCAUAUACACUUUUAUCACAUGCUAUACCCUGUUUCCCAUGUAAUACAACCAUUACAUAUUUCUUUAUAUUACACACGUGUAAUACAACCUUUUUAAGCGUUUUCAUUGGCUUAGUUUUCGUUUAUUGACCAAUCGCAUUUUGUUAUUUUGCUGAAAUGACGUUGCAACGUCAAAUGACGUCAUGAAAUGUAAACAACAUUCGGGAUUUAUCAUUAUUUUUGGGUAAAUAUUUAUUUAAUUUGCUCAUUUAAAAGCAUGUGAUAAAAAAAGAUCUGACACUCGUCAUAUCAUACCAUAUUUUAUUAAACGAGUUCAGGAAUUUUGUUAGUAAGCGAGCCUUUGGCGAGAUCCUAUAUAUAUUUGUUAAUGCAGCAUCAACAUACUAAAACAAUAUCCCGGAAAGAGAAAAAUAAUGCCUUUCAAUAUCAACCAUACUUUCGUUUUGCCAACUGAUGACAGAAAUGAUUCGAUAUACGAUGUGAAUCUAAAUUUAGUUUUAGUGCAGAUUCAUUCAUACGACACAAUUUUGUUUUACGGAUCAUCUCGGCUUAGAGGACUUGACAGUCAUGUAAAAUAUGGAAUACAAUUUUUUUAUAAAUAACUGGUAGCAAGAUGAGUUGUAGAUAAUUGGUCAGUUACCACAUUUUAACUAACUCUUUUGCUUGUUAAUUCUUUUCAGCUCAAUUCAACAGUGAAAAAUGUGCAUAAUUUCACUAACCCUUUCCCACUUAGAAGCAAGGUGAAAAUGGCUAUGUGCAAACAGCAUAAAACCAGAACAGCCUGCAAGUAACUCGCAGUCUGUUCAGGUUUUAUGCUGUUUGCUGCUCAUCAGUAUCUAAGGUUUGGAGAUGAAGCUUAAAAACUUGAAUCUAGUAAGAAAGGUCUUAAAUUAAUUUUCUAAGGGACUACAAAUGCGUGACAAUACAAUGUACCUAUCUAAGUGGGAAAGGGUUAAAAGUGCUCAGCCUCUGUAGUGUGAUCAAUGGAGGAUGUUCUUAUUAUCUUUCUGUUUGCAUGGCAAUGUUAUGCAGCAUACUUUGGUAGCUGUAGAAAUCAUGUCUCAUUUUGCAGUCAGUACAUCUCUAAUUUUGCGCUCCGUUAUGUAAAAAUAUAUAACUGUUGCUAUGCUUUGACAUAUGUAGGCAAAUUUAAAUUGUUUAAGGCCAUUGUCUCUGAUUAUUAUUUUUUGUUUGCCAUUGCUCAAUAGGUUUAUUUGUUUGCCUCUCAUUAAAGGCAGUAAAUAUUGAUUUGCUAAUAAGUGUUGGACCCUUUCUUUGUUGAGUGGACUGUAUACUUUUUAAUUACGGUAUGCUUUUACAACUAGUUCAGAUUACUAAAUGGUGAGUUGCCUAAUAUAUUACACGUUACUAAGUAGUAUCAUUCAUUAUAAAUAUUGCCUUCAUUCUUGAUGUUGAAACAAUUCUUGUUUAUCUAAUUUUGUUUAGAUCAGUGCAUGAAAAUGUUUAAGAGUAUAAUACAAAUCCUUACAGGAAUAAUAAUUAAUAAGUUAUGACCUUUCAGCAAUGUCUAUUUUUGUGUUGUGAAAUGAAAUUCACAGAAGUGCUUUUUCUUAUUUGUAUAACAAUUUGAUUGCUCAAUAUUUAAAAUGCAUAGUGUUUGAUUAAAAUUUUCUGAUGGAUGGAUCUUAACAUAUCACAGUACAGGCAGUGCUAUUGUAACAGUAUUUAUGAAAAUGUAUGUGAAUCAUCUUAUUUAUGAUUAUCACGAAAUUAAGAUCUUGUGUUUCAAGGUCCAUAUAUUUUCUUCAUGAUAAAAUGUUAAGAAGUAUAUGCACUUGUUGAUGUGAUUCAAUUUUUAGUUUUCCUGAGUGGACUUCUGUUCUCAGAAUAUAUAGCUCCUGUGAUAACUAAGUAUUGAAGCAAGGUGGAUGAAACUUGUUGUGAUAGAGGGCAAUAUUGGUAAUAUGAAUGUCAUUUCACUUUUUGUUAUGUCCAAAAUUGUCAGAAUUGUGGUUACAGAAAUAUGUAAAAUGUGAAAUAUUGAUCCUUCUCUAAUUCAAAACAUCUACUUUGAUGAAACUCCGUGUAUGCAUACUAGAGGAUCUUACUACGGGGAGUAUGCACAUUGUUUGUGUUUUUCCUCCUCAAUUGUGCUUGAAAAAUACUUGUGCUUAAAGUAAGUUGGUGUGUGGGAAUAUGCAAUAUAUUGCAGUGUUUUUUUGUCAGAUAAAAAUUGUGGUUGUUACAACUACAGAAUUAAGUAAAAACUUCAAUCCAGUUCUUCAAUAAGUCAAAACGUACUUAAAUGAAGAUUGAAGAAACUUGAUUGAAGAUUAGUCACAAGGGGACUGCUGUUUUGUAAGUAACUAAGCUUUUGUUUAACUUGUUAUAUUAUAUAAUGUCUGGUUUCAAAACCAGUUAUAUCUUUGCUAUAUGAAUAAAGCAUAUAUUUCUC